AGAAUAAAACCGGCAAAGCCAUGAAGAAAGCCAUAGAAGAAGAGAUAUCAGGAGAUCAAUACCCCAAGGCUCGAAUUCUUCUUGGGCUGUGGAUAUUUUCGGUUGCAUCUCUUGUUCUUAUCUAUCUUGGAUCCAAUAAGGAUGGCUCGGUGUCCAUAUCCAACAUCACCCACAAGUUUUAUCGUUCCAAACCAUUACUACCUCUACCUGAUGCAGAAUCACCAUCCCCAUCCCAAUCGCCACCAGAAUCACCUUCACCUCCCAAAAAAAAUGAUGAAGAGACUUAUCAUGAUGAGUUAGAAGAGGCAUUGGCAGGAGCUUCGACUGAAAACAAAACCGUGAUCCUUGCCGUUGCUAAUAAAGCCUACACCGAAGGGGAUAAGCCCAUGCUCGAUAUAUUCCUAGACGCGUUUUGGCUAGGGGAAGAUACUCGCCAAAUUAAGAAACACCUUUUGAUUGUGGCGGUUGAUCAAACGGCGUACGAUAGGUGCAACUUUCUAGGACUACAUUGCUAUAAGCUACAAACAGAAGGUGUGGAAUUCGACGGCGGGGAGAAGCUUUUCAUGUCUGAGGAUUUCUUAAAGAUGAUGUGGCGAAGAACACUCUUUCUUGGAGAUGUUCUCAAGCAUGGAUACAACUUUAUCUUCACGGAUAUGGAUAUACUGUGGCUAAGAAAUCCAUUUAAAAUGCUCCAUAACGACGAAAGCUUGGACCUUCAAAUCAGUGUCGAUAGGUUUAAUGGCGAUCAGUGGUCAGAUGAAAACCCAAUCAACACGGGCUUCUACAUGAUCAGGUCAAACAACAAAACCAUCGCAUUGUAUGACCAAUGGUACGGAGAGAAAGACCAUUCGGUCGGGAAGAAAGAACAAGACGUCCUAUACGAUAUUAUGCGAAAAGGGGAGUUUAAAAGAUUAGGAAUGCGAGUUAAGUUUUUAGACACGAUUUAUUUUAGUGGAUUUUGUGAAAAUAGUAGAGAUGUUAAUGAGGUUUCAACUGUUCAUGCUAAUUGUUGCCGAAGUAUUCACGCUAAAGAAACCGAUCUCAUCAAAGUUCUUCAUGAUUGGAAGAAGUUUAAGGCCAAUUCCUCCACGAACGGUAUUUCGACGGAUGAUCAGUUUCGGUGGUCGGAUCAUACAGCCUGUCAGAAUUCAUGGAACCGAUGA